AUGCAUCUCUGUCUUGAGAAACUAAGGUGGACCCCUUACUCACCUUCCAGAAAACAGAAUAAGACACCUAGUCCUGAUACAGACCGCUUUGAUCUGGAUUCUGACCAGAACCACACUGAGCAUGUCACCUCUUUCCAUUUCCAUAUAUCUGGUGUGUUUGGCGAUGAAGUGAAGUUAGUGUCAGUGAUGGAGGGAGAUUCUGUUACUCUAUACACUGAUAUUACUGAAAUACAAAGAGAUGAUCAGAUACUGUGGAGGUUUGGACUUCAAAAGGCUCUUAUAGCUCGAAUCAAUGGAGUGGCCAGAGAUAUCUCAAUAAAUGCUGAUGUUCUUGAUGGGAGAUUCAGAGACAGACUGCAGGUGAAUAAUCAGACUGGAGAUCUCACCAUCACAAACAUCACAACUCAACACACUGGACUUUAUCAACUAAUCAUUAACAGCGCUAAAGAGAUCUCAUACAGAUUCAAUGUUAUUGUAUAUGUGUUGAAUGUGAGAGAUGUGAGUCUGUCCUGGUACAAAGGAAACAGUUUAUUGUCCAGCAUCAGUGUGUCUGAUAUCGACAGCAGCAUCUCUCUUCAUCUGGAGUGUCUGGAUGAUUCUUACAGUUGUGUGGUGAACAAUUCAAUCAGUAAUCAGACUCAACAUCUCAAUACGGAUCUCUGUCAGACGUGUUCAGGUGUUGUGACAGAUGAGAUGGAGUCAGUGUCAGUGAUGGAGGGAGAUUCGGUUACUCUACACUGGACCCGCAUAGCUCAGAUCAAUAAAGUUGCUAGUGUGAUCUCAAUAUAUGAUGAUGUUCUUGAUGGGAGAUUCAGAGACAGACUGCAUCUGGAUAGUCAGACUGGAGAUCUCACUAUCAGCGAUGUCAUAGCUAAAGACUCUGGACUUUAUAAACUACAGAUCAGUGACAGCAGUAAGAGUAUAGAAAAGAUCUUUAAUGUUACCGGUGUGAUUGAUGUUGACAGAGAAGGAGUGAAGUCAGUGUCUGUGAUAGAGGCAGAUUCUGUCACUUUAUACACCGACGUUCCCGAUAUCAAGAAGUAUGAUGUGAUACUGUGGAGGUUUCAAGAUGAAAACUCUCCUCUAGCCGAACUAAACAGAACGGCUGGGAUCCUCUCUAUACACGAUGAUGUUCAUGAUGGAAGAUUCAGAGACGGACUGAAGCUGGACAAUCAGACUGGAUCUCUUACCAUCAGAAACAUCAGAUCCAACAACUCUGGACUUUAUGAAGUAGAUAUCAACAGUAGCAGAAGACACACUAUACAUCAGACAUUCAGAGUUACUGUCAGUGGUGGAGUGAAGUCAGUAUCGGUGAAUGAGGGAGAUUCAGUCACGCUGUACACUGAUACUGAAAUUCAGACCUAUGAUUUUAUUGAAUGGAUGUUUGGAGAUGAACGCACUCAGAUUGCUCAAAUGUAUAAACCAGAUGCACGCUUUGUCACGUAUGACGGGGAUGAUGGGAGAUUUAGAGAUAAACUGAAGCUGAAUGAUCAGACUGGAUCUCUCACCAUCACAAACAUCAGAACUGAACACACAGGAGUUUAUGAAGUAAAGAUCAGCAGCAACAGACAUUCAUUACACAGGAGAUUCAUUGUGACUGUCACUGCAUUGGGUCUGUCUUCAGUUACUGUUGUAGGAAUAUGCAUUUUGUUUCUGCUUGUUGCUGGUGUGAUAGCUUCUGUGAUUUACUAUCGCUGCAGAUCUCACCGGAGGGUCAAAUUUUGUGAUAAGGAGAUGGAUGUGUUGGAGGGAGAUUCUGUUACUCUACACACCAGUCUUACUCACAUACAGAGAGAUGAUGUGAUCGAGUGGAGGUUUGGACAUGAAGAAGUCACCAUUGCUAAAAUCAGCAAGUGUGUUGAUAAGAGAUUUAAAGACGGACUGACACUGAACCCUCAGACUGGAGAUCUUACCAUCAAUAACAUCAGUAAUGAACAAUCUGGACUUUAUCAUCUAAAUAUCAUCAAACGUAAAAAACUCAAAUCCAAGAAAUUCAAUGUGAUUGUCAUCGGUGAAGUAAUGACAGUGAAGGCAGGAGAGUCUGUCACUUUAGAGACUCAUGUUACUGAAAUACAGAGAGAUGAGAAGAUCGAGUGGAUGUUUGGAGAUGAAGAAACUGUCAUAGCUCAGACUGACAGCGCCUUUGAUAUCUUCAGUACAUAUGAUGGUGAUAAUGAUGUAUUCAGAGAUACACUGGACCUGGAUCAUCAGACUGGAGAUCUCACCAUCAAUGGCAUCAAAAACGAACACGCUGGUGUUUAUACACUAAAGAUCAUCAUCAGUGGAAAUGUCUCUUUUAGGAGACUGCGUGUAACUGUCAAAGAUAUCACUGCAAAUGAUUUGAAUGAGUCAAUGAAUUCAAAUGUACCUUUAAUGAACAGUGCCAGCAGCGGUGAUGUGCUUCCAGUGUAA